AUGGAACGUAAAAAUGUUAGAUUCAGGCCCAAAGCAAAACAGAGAAAAGAACCGACACCUGACGAGGUUGUAGAAGUGCCCAAAGGUCGUCCUCACGGCUUUUACUCCGCGAAAACCAGAACGAAUGAGAUCAUCUGGCACAAAAAAGAGGCCAUUCAUGCGGUAGAUUUCCUACCCUACAAGCAUCAUGUUCCGCAAAAGACGAUCAACUAUCACGCCGCAACCGACGGUGUUCGGAAGAUCGCUCGAGUGAGAGCUCAAGGAGCCGAUAAAUGCGGAUUCCGAAUGGCUAGUGGUGGUGUCGACACGAUGGUCAGAGUCUGGAUAAUCUCCCACCGCCGAGACGGAGACAUCGACAUCAAGCACACAGCAACGCUCUCCCGUCACGAAAAAGGAAUCGGUGCUGUUCGUUUUUCUCCUGUUACUAAAAACGGCAAAACUAUUCUAGCCUCGGCCGCUGACGACUCUUACAUUUUGAUUUGGGUGCACCAUCCGGGCGCAAAGCCGACAGUCGUCUUUGGAGCUGAUCCUGAUGAGGACAUGGGCUCGGAGUGUUGGAAAUGCGAGACGACUCUCCGCGGCCACAUCGAAGACGUUGUGGAUCUUUCCUGGUCUUCCGAUGGUCGCAAACUCGCCAGCUGCGGCAUUGACAACUCGAUGAUCAUUUGGGAUCCAUGGAACAAAACCAAAAUCGCCCAGCUCACCAAUCACACUCACUACGUCCAGGGCUGCGCUAUCGACCCUCUUGGAAAGCUAUUUGCUACCUUGUCGGCCGAUCGCUCGAUGCGCUGCUGGGUCGAUCGGAAGAAAAAGAAGAAGAAGAAAGACCGUUUCGUUUCCAAAGCGGCAGUGUCGAGAGUCAUUCCGACAAAAGAGCAUGACCGUCCAGUGCGAAUCUUCGCUGAUGAUAAUCUUGCUGGUUUUGUCAGGCGACUCCAGUGGUGCCCAACUGGCCUUCUUCUUGCUUGCCCCGGCGCGGAAAUUCCUCACAAGUCGGAGGGUUCUAAAAAGGGACGAAAAUCAAAAAAUGAUGACACGCAGAAGCCAGAAGCGAUGGAGAUGGACGCUAGCGAGCCUAAUCUCCAAAAGCCAAUAAGGAAGAAACGAAGAGGCCCGCCUAGAAAGACGUGCAUCGCGAUCUUCACCCGCCGCAGUUUGAAGACGCCGAUGUUUCUCCUUGCUUCGCCCGAGCCCGUUUUGGCAGUUCGUUGGUGUCCCACGCUCUAUGCGCCUAAGCUCGACAAGGAUGGGUACGAAAUGGAGACGAUCCUUAAAAUGCCUUACCGCAUGAUUCUGGCUGCUAUCUGCGAGAACUCGGUGGUGCUCUACGACACGCAUGAUAUGCGCCCAAUCGCAAGGAUCGUCGACAACCAUUAUGCGAAUAUGACGGACGCAUCUUGGUCAAAUUGUGGCACGCAUCUCAUGGUUAGCUCUCGCGACGGGUAUAUCUCCUCUGUUUAUCUUGACCAGAAGAAGAUGGGCCCGAUUCUGAGCGAUUCUCCAUCCCAAAUGCGACAAAAAAUCGGCAAGAUUAUCAACAGGCGGGUCAAACUGGAAGCAUUUGUCAAGAAGCGCCGCGCCGAAAAGAAGAAAGAAGCCAUUCUUGCUGCCAAAGCAGCCGAAAAAGAAGCAAGAAAGCAGGCUAGGGAUGCGGAGAGAGCAGCGGCCAAGCUCGAAAAGCAGAAAGAAAAGGAGGCGAAGAAGCAAGCUGCCUCCAUCGCUGCCGCGUUCAAAAAGGCGGAGAAAAAGAAGCUUGCUUCGAAGGCGAAAGAAGAUCCGGUGCAGAAAUUGACGACUGGUAUCCAGAAGGCGAAAAUCGGCGACUCCGGGAAAAGCAAGGAAAAUAUUUCUGCGCCAAAGAUAACGAAGGCAGCGGCUCUUCCCGUGGUCAAUCAGCUCGUCGCAAAGAGCAAGAAGAAGACUCCGUCUUCGAAAGCCGCUCCACUGGCGACGAAGGCGGUUUCGAAUGCGAACGCGAAAGUUCCCCCGGCCGAAAAAGUCAACACGCUCAUUCCAAAGAAGAAGAAUGACAAGAAGAGAAAGUCGACGUUCGAAGAUGAUCAGGCUGAGAGCGUGGAGAAAAGGCGAAAAGUUCUCGAUACAGCGAUGCUCACCGAGAAGCUCGAAAAACUGUCGGAGUCAAAAGAAAAAUCCCCUGGCGGGGCCGCGCAACCAGCUUCAUCUUCGGCAGCGAUUAUCAUCGACGACGAUGUAGAAAUGGCUUUACCGAAGCCCGAAGGUCUCCCUAAGCCCGGAAUUUUGCCGAAGGCGAGCUCUAAGAAAUCUUCGAAGACAUCUCAAUCUUCCAGUACUUCGAAGAGCAGCUCGAACGAGGAGGUUCCAACAAUGACAACGCCGACGAAUAAAGUUGUCAAGAUUGCGCCGAUAUUUCUUCUCAGCGCGAAGAAAAAGACUCCUUCGUCAUCAUCGGUCGCUAGCAGGUCAUCAUCUGGCGGCUCUGUGAAGUCUCUCAAGUCAUCUGAUGGCAAAGUAAAGAAGAAGACUGCUACUCCGAUGCGGACAAAGAAGACGGGUCCGAAACUUCAUCUUGCCUCGAAGCAGAAGUCAGUUGUUCAGUAUGCAUCGCCACUUUCUUCUGCGAAUACAACCCCAGCUGCUUCUCCCGGGCCAAGUAGCCGUUCUGCUUCUCCCGGCCCGGGACCAUCAAGAAACAUCUUCCCACCAGCGGCGAAAACGGCAGGAAAAACUGACUUGAUGGCUAAAUCCGUGUCCGACACUCUCGUCGCAGAUGCCAAGCCGGCGAAAAAAAUCAAGAAGAAAGUGAAGCUGACUACAAUAAGUUCAAAUCCCAGCAUCUAG